AUGGACAAACUAAUAUGGUUUGACACAACGAAGGCGGCCGCAGGCUCCAUCGAAUGUUCCACCUCACCGCCAGAAACAUUCAGAGAUUGCGUGCCAUUCAUCCCAUACGAUUUCAAAAACCAAAACCAUAGCAUUGACAAGCUAGACAUAAGUAGCAGCAACAAUAACGAUACUACUGCUGCUGCUGCUACUGCUGCCCCCCCUCCUACUUCCUUCCCACGCAACAGCAGCAACACCCCGAGGUUCACAAAAGAAUCCAUCUCCGCCGAAAAAUGCAGGAAGCUAUCCCCGGCCAAAAGGCUUCCCUUGCCGUAUGGAAGCAGCAGUCCCAAGCGACCGGCCACCGAAUAUAUGUCCGAGGAGGCUUGUAAAUGGCCCGACGCGGAGAUGUUGGAGAGGUUUACCGAUAUGAAAAAUAGGAGGAGGAGCAGUUGUUCUCUUGGUGAGAAGCGUACUGGCUUGGAGACUAUGUAUUGGGGGUAUGGGGGGUACAGGAUGGAGGGGGAGGAUACGGACAACGACAGGGCUGACGAGGGCAAGCGCAAGGGGAAGGGGAGGGACAAGAACAAGGGAAAAGACGUGUGA